CCGUGACGCUGCCGUGACGCUGCCGUGACGCUGCAGCACGUCUCCGCGUGCGUGAGCGUGCCCAGUGCGUCGUGCGCGCGCGAGCGCUCGUCCGGACGCGUGUGUGCGUGCUGCCGGGCGCCACCAUGGAGAGGGUCACAGGGUUGGCGUUUCUGCGCACCUGAGGACCGUGGCUGCGUCGGCCUGCGUUGGCAGCACUGCCCACCCAGAGUGACAGCAGCGCCGCGCCCCGGCCGUCAAGUGAAGUUCAGCCGCCGCCAUGGAUCUGUCCGGAGAUGUGUGGGCCCAAGUGGCCCUGGAGGCGUCCACCGUCUACCUUGUCGAUGGUGUUAUGCGAAGUCCCUUCGCCAACACGACCAUCGAGAAGCUGCCGGACAAGGUGCUGCUCAACAUCUUCUCGUACCUGACGCACCGCGAGAUCUGCCGCAUGGCGCGCGUGUGCCGCAAGUGGCGCCUCAUCGCGUACGACACGCGGCUGUGGAAGAGCGUGUCGCUGCGGCCGGAGAUCUCCGGGCUGCACGUCGGCUCGCUGGAGGCCCUGCUCGCCCUCAUCAGCAUCCGGUUUGGCCCCUCACUGCGGUACAUCGAGCUCCCCAUCGAGCUCAUCACCCACACCGUUCUGCACGAGCUGAGCAACAAGUGCCCCAACCUCACGCACAUGCUGCUCGACUUCUCAACCGCCAUGCAGCUGCACGAUUUCAGCGAGAUGCAGGCUUUCCCUACCAAGCUUAAAUAUAUGGUCAUAUGUCUAUCAGAGGUCAUCUUUAUGGAAGGUUUCAUGAGAAAAAUUUAUAAUUUCAUUAAUGGUUUAGAAAUUUUGCAUUUAAUAGGAACUUACGAAAAAGUGGAAGAGGAGGAGGAGGAAAUUUAUGAGGUCAUCAACGUCCACAAAUUAAAGGGUGCAACUCCAAAUCUAAGAGUCAUUAACCUGUAUGGAAUUAACUUUAUAGACGACAGUCACAUAGACGCCUUCAGUUCAAAUUGUAUUCAGCUGGAGUGCCUCGCCGUGAAUUUCUGCAACAAAGUCACCGGUUCAACUUUAAAAACAUUAUUCCAGAGAAGUCGGAGGUUAAAAUGUUUACUCAUGAACCAGACAAGCCUCAUAUCGGAGCACGUGAUGGCGGUGGAGUGGGAGAAGGUGAGCCUGCAGGAGCUGGACAUCAGCGCCACGGACCUGUCCACUGAGUGCCUCGUCGACAUGCUCACCAGGAUCCCCAACCUGCGCUUCCUCAGCGCGGGCCAGCUCAACGGCUUCAAUGACACGGUGCUCAAGUCGUGGAUGGAGAUGGGCAACCCCCGGAACCUGAUCGCGCUCGACCUGGAGGCGUCGGACAACCUCUCGGACGACGCGCUCUACAAGUUCCUCUCGCGCCACGGCCAGCAGCUGUCCGGCCUGGUGCUGUCCGGCAUGCCGCACAUCACGGACCAGCUCUGGAUGUCCGUCAUGCCCAUCCUCAACAACGCCAGGAUCCUGGUGAUGGGGACGCCGGAGCGGCUGGGCGUCAACAUCCACGUGGACCAGCUCAUGGACGGCAUCGCCAACAACCUGCCGCGCCUGGAGCGCCUGGAGCUGCGCUGGGACCCGCAGAACUUGCGCUUCUCCGACAAGAGCCAGAAGGCCAUCGACAUCCUGCGCGUCAAGUGCCUUAAGCUGCGCUGCCUCGUCCUAAACGACGGCCGCUACUACGAGAUCGUCAAGGCCAACUUCGAGCGCGCGGACCGAAACACAGUGGUGCGGACGUCCACGAGCAGCCGCGUGUCCAACUACUACCUGCUGGGCAACUACAAGGACCUCGUGUUCAACUGAGUGUUAACGCGACAGCCGCCCGGCCCGAGAGACGCUCUGACCCGGAGACCUCUCCAAGGACCUCUACAAAGGACUUCCCAAGGACCUCUACAAAGGACUUCCCAGGGAACUCUCUAAGGACAUCCUGGAGGACCUCUCUGAGGACCUACCCAAGGGCGUCUCCAAGAGCCUCUCCAUGGACCUCUCUAGCCCGCGGACCUCUGCGAGGACCUCUCUAGCUUGAGGACGCCUCCAGCCUGCGGAACUCUCUAACCGCAGGCCCUUCCAAGUGCCUCUUUUGCCUGGAGACUUCUCCAACUGGGCGACCUCUCUAGCCGGAGGGCCUCUCUAACCUGCGAGGCCGCGCGCGAAGACAGGCGAAGGGCCACAGGACGCCUCGAGCCUUGGGGGCCGCUUCGCCGCGUGGACCAUCACCAACUUUGUCCACCGAUGGUGACCCAAAGCUGUUUCAAGUCAACUAGCGGGUGGCGAGCGGCCCCGCACCGGACGGUGUGAAUGUGUGCAGUGCAGUGUGUGUGUGCGAAGUGUGGAGCCAGGCCGUUCGGCCAAUCAUGGACGCCCCCCAGUGGCAUGAGUGAGUUUACGUGCGGUCCCCGAAGCGGGCCGCAAGUGCCGAACGAACCCCGCGAGCUCUGGAGCGUUGGCCAGAGUUUUGCGGAGGUGCAUUGUGUACCUGGACGACGACUGCGAUGUGAAAGGAAGCGUUUGGCGUGGGCUGCGCUCUGGCCUUCAGGGCUUCAGGGUUGACCUCACUAUGGGCCUUUUCGUGCGCGCUUCAUGUUGUCGAAGGAAAAGCUGAGCAACCCUACAGCCCGCGGAGGGUAGUACGCGUCAGAGAAGGGAAAAAAGUUUGUAAUGCCAACUUUGGGAGUGGAACGAGACAGGAUUCUGGAAAUUGGUGUAAAUAAAGUGAAGAUGAUGAGGGU